UGAUGCCAUGCCCCGCCGCCACGCGGGAGGGGACGAGGGCGGCGCCGCCGGGCUCUGGGCGCAGAGCGGCGCGGCGGCGGCGGCGCGCGGGGGGCGCCCGGGCGGCGGCAUGAAGGAUGUGGAGUCGGGCCGGGGCGGGGUGCUGCUGAGCUCGGCGGCCGCCGGCGGCGACGGGCUGCUGCUGCUGGGCACCCGCGCGGCCGCGCUCGGCGGCGGCCGGAGGGAGAGCCGGCGGGGCAAGCAGGGGGCCCGGAUGAGCCUGCUGGGGAAGCCGCUCUCCUACACCAGCGGCCAGAGCUGCCGGCGCAACGUCAAGUACCGGCGGCUGCAGAACUACCUGUACAACGUGCUGGAGAGACCCCGCGGCUGGGCGUUCGUCUACCACGCGUUCGUUUUUCUCCUUGUCUUUGGUUGCUUGAUUUUGUCCGUGUUUUCAACCAUCCCUGAGCACACAAAAUUGGCCUCCAGUUGCCUCUUGAUUCUGGAGUUUGUGAUGAUUGUCGUCUUUGGUUUGGAGUUCAUCAUUCGAAUCUGGUCUGCAGGUUGCUGUUGUCGGUAUAGAGGAUGGCAAGGAAGAUUGAGAUUUGCCCGAAAGCCCUUCUGUGUUAUAGAUACCAUUGUCCUUAUCGCUUCAAUAGCAGUUGUUUCUGCAAAAACUCAGGGUAACAUCUUUGCCACAUCCGCGCUCCGCAGUCUGCGUUUCCUGCAGAUCCUCCGCAUGGUGCGCAUGGACCGGCGGGGCGGCACUUGGAAACUGCUGGGCUCCGUGGUCUAUGCUCACAGUAAGGAAUUAAUCACAGCUUGGUACAUAGGAUUUUUGGUUCUUAUUUUUUCAUCUUUCCUCGUCUAUCUGGUGGAAAAGGAUGCAAAUAAAGAGUUUUCUACAUAUGCAGAUGCUCUCUGGUGGGGCACAAUCACAUUGACAACGAUUGGCUAUGGAGACAAGACGCCCCUAACUUGGCUGGGAAGAUUGCUCUCCGCAGGCUUCGCACUCCUCGGCAUUUCUUUCUUUGCACUUCCUGCCGGCAUUCUUGGCUCAGGUUUUGCAUUGAAAGUACAGGAACAGCACCGCCAGAAACACUUUGAGAAAAGAAGGAACCCAGCUGCCAACCUCAUUCAGUGUGUUUGGCGUAGUUAUGCAGCUGAUGAGAAAUCUGUCUCCAUUGCCACCUGGAAGCCGCAUUUGAAGGCCUUGCACACCUGCAGCCCCACCAAUCAGAAGCUAAGUUUUAAGGAGCGAGUGCGCAUGGCCAGCCCGAGGGGCCAGAGCAUUAAGAGCAGACAAGCCUCAGUGGGAGAUAGGAGGUCCCCAAGCACGGACGCCACAGCCGAAGGCAGCCCCACCAAAGUGCAGAAGAGCUGGAGCUUCAACGACCGAACCCGCUUCCGGCCCUCACUGCGCCUCAAAAGUUCUCAGCCAAAACCUGUGAUGGACGCUGACACGGUGCUUGGCACUGACGAUGUCUACGAUGAAAAAGGAUGCCAGUGUGAUGUGUCAGUGGAAGACCUUACUCCAGCACUCAAAACUGUCAUUCGGGCCAUCAGAAUUAUGAAAUUUCAUGUUGCAAAACGCAAGUUUAAGGAAACAUUACGCCCGUAUGAUGUAAAAGAUGUGAUUGAACAAUACUCUGCUGGUCAUCUGGACAUGUUGUGUAGAAUUAAAAGCCUUCAAACACGUGUUGAUCAAAUUCUUGGAAAAGGGCAAAUCACAUCAGAUAAGAAGAGCCGAGAAAAAAUAACGGCAGAACAUGAGACCACAGAUGACCUCAGUAUGCUUGGCCGGGUGGUCAAGGUUGAAAAACAGGUACAGUCCAUUGAGUCCAAGCUGGACUGUCUACUAGACAUAUACCAACAAGUCCUCCGGAAGGGCUCCUCCUCAGCCCUCGCUUUGGCCCCAUUCCAGAUCCCACCUUUUGAAUGUGAACAGACAUCUGACUAUCAGAGCCCUGUGGAUAGCAAAGAUCUGUCCGGUUCUGCACAAAACAGUGGCUGCUUAUCCAGAUCAGCCAGUGCCAACAUCUCCCGAGGCCUGCAGUUCAUCCUCACCCCAAAUGAGUUGAGUGCUCAGACUUUCUACGCGCUUAGCCCUACUAUGCACAGUCAAGCAACACAGGUGCCAAUGAGUCAAAGUGAUGGCUCCACAGUGGCAGCCAACAACAACUUUGCAAACCAAAUAAAUGUGGCACCCAAGCCAGCAGCCCCAACAACUUUACAGAUCCCGCCUCCUCUCCCAGCCAUCAAGCAUCUGCCCAGGCCAGAGGCCCUGCACCCAAACCCUGCAGGCUUACAGGAAAGCAUUUCUGAUGUCACCACCUGCCUCGUUGCCUCCAAGGAAAAUAUUCAGGUUGCACAGUCAAAUCUGACCAAGGACCGUUCUCUGAGGAAAAGCUUUGACAUGGGAGGAGAAACUCUGUUGUCUGUCCGCCCCGCGGUGCCCAAGGACUUGGGCAAAUCUUUGUCAGUACAAAACCUGAUCAGGUCGACAGAGGAACUGAAUACACAGCUUUCAGGGAGUGAGUCAAGCGGCUCCAGAGGCAGCCAAGAUUUUUACCCCAAAUGGAGGGAAUCCAAAUUGUUUAUAACUGAUGAAGAGGUGGGUCCUGAAGAGACGGAGACAGACACUUUUGACGCCGUGUCGCAGCCUGCCAGGGAAACUGCUUUUGCGUCAGAUUCUCUAAGGACUGGAAGGUCACGAUCAUCUCAGAGCAUUUGUAAAGCAGGAGACAGUACAGAUGCCCUCAGCUUGCCUCAUGUCAAACUGAAAUAAGUUCCUCGUUUUCUUUCUAGGCAUAGCAGUUCCUUUAGCCAUUACAUAUCGUUGCAUGAACUAUUUUGAAAGCCCUGCUAAAAAGUUGAAAUUGCAAGAAUCAGGAAGAACGUGAAAGAUAGUUUAUAAGCCUGUUAUCUUUUAAUUGCAUGAAAAUGCAUGUUUAGGGAUGGCUGAAAUUCCAAGGUACAUCAACAUUAACCACUCAUUUAGUAAUAUACCUUGAGUUAAUAUGUUGAGAAACCAAACACUGCUAAUGCUAUGAGGUGUAUGAAAAUGUGAAGAUUAGGUUACUUAGAAGAUCUGACUCUGUAUUUUCAAAUUAUGGGAGUAAACACCUUCAAAUUUCAGGCAUUUCUACUGUGUGAUUAAAUACAAAAUACAUUUUCAAAAUCAGGCCAUAAUGUGUAUUUAAACACAAUGGCUAUCAACAGCUGCUAACAAGGUAUCAAGUAAAGCAGAAUUUGCAAAUAACAGAAAUGGCUGCUUAUUUCAAGAUACAUGUGCCAAGCUAUUCCUAUUCAAUCAUUUUAUUAUUAAUGUAAUUUGAAUGUCAAUUUGUGUGCUUUUGGUGAUUUAAUGCUGUGGCAAACAACUUUGCACAUCAUUUUCAUGUUGUUCUUUAUGACGAGAAUGUUCUUCAAUUAGAAAAUGUGCAAAUAAAAGUUCAGGGCCAGUGGGGCAAAUAGACUGACCAUAGGACACGUGUGACUCCAUGGAAACGUAUUCCCUGCUGGCUGAGUCACCUGUAUGAGUGGUCAGCUUCCACACAAGCAGAUGCCACCCUGCUCAGCAGAAGGCAGCAGGAUGAGGCUGAGCUCUCUGCAGUGGCCCCCAGGCCCAUCAACACUGCCAUGGAAGGGGAGUGUGAGAAGCUGGGGUACCGGCAGGAUCCCAGGAAUGAGACACAUGAGGGAGAUCGAGACGGGAAAGGCAUGAGGAGAUCCAGGCACAACCCCGGCAAGUAGGUGAAGUCAAAGAAAACGCCUCCCUCAAAGGGCAGCAGGAGGGAGACCACAAACCACAACAAAGCAGCUCGCUUCUCUAGAAAAUGAAGAUCACCAGGGAAUUCAGCUACCUGUUCUUAUUCAUCCCUUAUUCUUAUAUAGAAACAAAGAAUUUUGCAAGGUAUUUAUUUUUUAAUAUGCCCUGAAUGUUUUUUGCUAUUGUGUAGCACGUUUUGCAUAUAAAAGGCUAAAACUAAACUUCCUUCACUUUUUAUACUGUAGUGAACAUUUUCUAUUCUCCCCCAGAAUGUUGCCCCAAAUCUGAAAUUAUUGGUUUAGUUUCCUGGUAUAAACAUUUAGAGUUAGAAGCCAGAUAACACUGGCAGGGUCUGCAAAUCAAAACACUUAAUCAUUUAGCAUGGCAGCAAAAAGACCGAGGGAAACAAAAUGAGAAAUGCACUUACCAGAAAGCAGGCAGUGCUGACUCCUUGUCAGAAGCCAGUCCAGCUGUCUCAGACCCUCAGAACUUCAGCCCAGGUAAUGGCGUUGGAAAGGCAAGGAGAAGUGAGAUAAACUCUAGCCACAGAGGACUUCAGACAGGAAGAGUUUUUUUUUCCCUUGGCAGAUAGUGCUACCUCCAGAAAACUUCUCUAGCAGCCAGGACGAAUGAGCAGGCAUUAUCAAUUGGCUAUCCAAAGGAAGGAGGUGGCCCUGAGAUCCACUAGUCCUCCCCAACUCUCUCCCCCAACUGACCUUCUCCAUCCCUGACUUUCCUCUCACUUUUCCUCUCCAUCAGCUGCUUCUCGAUCCCUGCCACUACUCUGCUUCUGAACUUCAGCAGGUCUUAACCAGCCUUCAGCCUCAAGUAAACCACUUACCCACUCUACCUAAAAUGUGCUUCUCAAUCUUUUAGAAUUCUUUUCCCUUUUGAUAAACACUGAAAUUUUGAAAACUUCCUCUUCUCACCCACCCUGGAUUCUAGCACACUCGCCUGGAGUGUAUCAUUCAGAAUCUUCUUGGCUGCUGGAGACACACAGAAGAUAGAGUCUAAAUGUUACACUCCAAUUAAAAAAAUUUUAUCAAGCUAUUAAAGCAAUUAUUUUCAUUUUUGAAAUAUAGAAUUUUAGUAAAUUAUUAGAUGUGAUUUUUCAUCCAUCCAUGUCUCCACUCAACCUAAAGUUGUGAUACACCCUUCCGAGGAGGUUGCACGCGCACACACACACACGCACACGCAUACUCCACUCCACUGACCUAAAGCCAGACACCUGCCAUGCACUCGGCAGGCUCUCUUCAGAUGUUAGUCAAGGAGGAGGAAGGAGGCAGCAACUUUCAGGUAGCACUGAUUCUUGGACAUACUCUUUCCUGGGUUGAACCCCACUGGCAGCAGGAAUUCUGAAUGUACUGAGGACCUCUCCGUCGGCCUCUUUAGGCCUCAGACAGUUCAUCCAGCAUUGUGAAGACUGAAGAUUCAGAAACAAAACCUAAAUACAUCACUGAGGUCUUAAUCAUAGCAAAAUGUGAUAAACUAUGUUGUGAAAAACUUCUAUACAUUAAAGCCAUGACCAUUUGUGUCUAUCUUACUCUAGCACAAAAUUCUUGGAUGUUAGUAGGUAGUCGUAUUGUGUGAAACUGUAGGUUUCUGUCUGUUGUGUUAUUCUCUGGAGUCAAGAGGGGCCUCCCAUUUAUACUUAGCAAAGUCCAUUGUUAGUCCCCAAUGGUGUCUUGAAGCACAAUCUAACUGAGCGCUGAGUAGCCACAUGCUUUCUCAGUUCAAGUUUGUCUGCCUUCUUCAAUAUGCAGGGCUCGUCAAGCUAACACUUAAUUGAAAACAUCCCUUAUAUGAGGUUAACUAAAAAAUUUUGCUAUGUCUAAUCUAAAUGUUUGCAUUCUGUUCAACUGAAUUAAUAUCUGUAGGUUGCAAGUUUUGUUUAAAGUAUGACAGUUUAUUGAGUUUUUAUGUCUUUAUCUCCUGUUCUAAGGUGCCUUUCUCACCUCCCGUUGACUCCGUGAUUCUGAAAGUCCUUAUUCUGCAGGUAAAACCAGUCUAAUGGAAAGGAGGAGAUCAGGCACAAAGUGACUAAUUCUCAUGCCUAUUUGCAGAACAAAACUAUAAGAAAUGAUGAAACCCGAUCAAUUAAAUUAAUGGAUCACUUCAUUCAAUCAGAGUAAAAAAAUAUGAUAAUAUUAACAUCUCCCCAGAAGCUGAUUUUUUUGCCUUAAAUGACGUGGUUGUGUUUUCGUAAGAGAAACUUAAUUUAAUAAGAUUACGUGCAUUUAAGUGAGCAGUUCUAAAAGUCAUGUAUGACAAUACAAUUAUCUGUUUCCCGAAAACAAAUAAAUCAGGACUAUCAUAUCCAUUUCAAGCUAUCAUUAAAAUGUAAUUUCCUUUGCUUUCUUUUACUGGGAUUAUUUGUUUUGAAGUAGAACAUUAAAAAUAUGUCUGUAAA